AUGAGACUUCAAUACAAUGGCAGCCGCUACCAAGGUUUGCAGACGCAGCCUAGUGGUCAGACGAUUCAAGAUUGUCUUGAAGCGGCUUUGCAAUCCUUUGCGAUUGAGAACAUUCGAAUUUAUGCAGCUGGGCGUACCGAUAGCGGUGUUCAUGCGUUAAAUCAAGUCGUUCAUUUUGAUACUCAAAUUCAAAAUCGUGAGCCGUACGCUUGGGUGCGAGGUUUAAAUACCUUUUUACCUAGUGAUAUAGCUGUGUUAUGGGCAAAACCUGUGCCCGAUCAUUUCCAUGCCCGCAUGUGUGCUACAGCAAGAUCAUACACUUACGUGUUAUACAAUCAUCGCGUUCGCCCUGCACUGUUUGCCGGACAAGUCGGAUGGUGCCAUGAACCAUUAAACUUAUCAAAAAUGCAAGCGGCUGCCCAACAUUUUCUUGGGAUGCAUGACUUUACCAGUUUUCGCGCCAGUCAAUGCCAAGCAGACAGUCCCAUUAAGACUUUAGAACAGUUAAGCAUCGACCAAUAUGGGAUUUGGUUUGUUUUUCAGUUUAAAGCGAACGCUUUUUUACACCAUAUGGUGCGUAACAUCAUGGGAUCCCUUAUUGCCGUGGGUCGUGGAUCCUGUGAACCAGAAUGGAUACAAACGGUCAUCGCGGCUAAAAACCGCAGUCUAGCUGCCCCCACUUUUAUGGCCAACGGGUUGUAUUUUGCCAAAGCCGACUACCCUAGCGAGUUUGCCCUUCCUGAAGCCAUGCCUUGGCAAACCAUUUUAGGUGUGAUGAUGGGGGUUAUGAAUCCCAAUCCUUUAACUUUUAAGCAAUUAUCCGAAUGGUUGGCGUUUUUAGAAGCCCGCCACCCCAUCACGCAAAUUGAAUUGGGUCUUGAUCGGGUCAAAACGGUUUGGCAGGAGCUCGCCAUCGUUGUAUUUGCCAAAAUUAUUACGGUCGCAGGAACCAACGGCAAAGGCAGUGUUUGUCAAUAUUUGUCGACAAUUUUGCGUUGUGGGGGCUAUUCGGUAGGACUGUACACAUCGCCACAUUUAUUGACUUUUAAUGAACGGAUGAAUGUCGAUGGACAGGUUUUACAUGACGAUGCCAUCAUAGAGGCCUUUGUCCAAGUCGAAAAGGCACGCUUGGCAUGUGACCUCAUGCUCUCUUAUUUCGAAUUUACCACCCUAGCAGCCUUGGUGGCUUUUUCGAAGUUGAAUUUAGCUGUUUGGGUACUUGAAGUGGGGCUGGGGGGGCGAUUAGACGCUGUGAAUGUCGUGGAUGCCGAUUGUGCGGUGAUCACCUCCAUUGAUCUCGAUCAUCAGGCUUAUUUAGGCAACACUCGAGAACAAAUUGGCUUUGAAAAAGCAGGCAUUAUGCGCCCACACCAAGCAGUGGUCUGUGGUGAUCGCCACCCCCCCGAAACGGUUAAGCAAGUGGCCGCACAGCUAAAUGCCACUUUGUUUAGUUUAGAUCAAGAUUUUUGGGUAGUGCAACAUCAACUCGAUAAAACCCAUCAAUGGGAUUUUAGAAGUACCCAAGGUCACUUCUAUGGCUUAGCACAUCCCGCUUUGCGAGGUAGUCACCAACUCGAUAAUGCCGCCAUCGCCAUUGCCGCCUUAUUACAGCUCAAAGCCGAUUUGCCGCUACGCGUACAAAGUGUUCGUCAAGGGUUAGCACAGGUAAACUUGCCUGGGCGAUUUCAAGUAUUUGCGGGUCAGCCUACGGUCAUUUUGGAUGUCGGGCAUAAUCCUCAUGCCAGCGUACAAUUACGAAAAAAUAUUGAGCAGAUGGGGUACACU